AUGACUCGAUGUGGAGGAUUACACUCUACACGAACAAGCAUAUUUGUGUACAUGGGAUAUGACAAACAUAGAGUCUGUUUGAAUGAAAGAACUUGUACCUGCAUGAAGUUUCAGAUAUGUGGAAUCCCCUGCGAGCAUGCUUAUGGACUGAUAAUGAAGAAGACAUUGGAAGCUGAAGACUACGUGUGUCAAUGGUUCCGAACUUUCAAGUGGAGGGAGAAUUACACAGAUGGGGUUGUUCCACAAAGAGGUCCACGCUAUUGGCCUUGCACUGGAGGAGAAACUGUCUACCCACCACCAAGGUCGGAUGAUGAAAAGGUAGACAAAAAGAGGAAGAAGGGUGCUCAUGAGUCACCUACCAAGAAGCAACCAAAACAAAAGAAAAGAAUCAUGCAUUGUGGGAUAUGUGGUGCAGCUGACCAUAACUGUAGGUACCACCAGAAGAAGAAAAAGAAGAAUACUACACAUGAUGGAACUUAA